AUGGAUUCUGGGGUUUUCGUUCACUCUUGGAAUGACGCUAAUGUUGUCAGCAUACAAGAGGACAGUGCUUCGGAAGCUUCGUCUCUGGGUUCGAGUAUCCUGUUUAAUGACCAUCUGCUUCAAACCCCUGUUCGCAUUCAUGCAGACAGCAUGGACAGUCUGAACGAGACCAGCUCGCAGGCAAAUGAACAACUGCUGAUAUUCAAGAAUACCGCCGGACUCCAAAAUGACCUUCGCCCCAUCCUUGAUCUUCCUGACAUUUGUGACAUGGAAUUCAUCGUUGGCGAGAAAAAGGUAACAGUGUACGGCGUCAAAGCUAUUAUUGCUGCAAGGAAUCAGGCGUUUUUUCAUAAAAUCCAGUAUGAUAUGACCGUGGCAAGACGCCGUUCGAAGAUGAAGAAGGCUGGACGCAUGAUGUCCCAGUUGAGGAAAAUACGCAAACAUCAAAGUAGGACAGAAACCUGGAUCAAUCGACUGAAUGUUCCAAUCGAGGACUUUGAGCCCGAGGCCUUCAGACCGCUGACAGUGUACUUACACUGUGGCUGCCUGACUGUCAGUGGGGAUACAGUGGUUGGUAUAAUGAAUACAGCCCACACCUAUGGUUGA